AUGCACACUUCCAUCCUAGCAAAUACUUCGGCAGCUGGUAUCAGAGCGAUAAACAGUAUUUGCACAGCAAAACUAAACAGGAUGCCAUCGUUGAACCAAAAGAUACAUUCUGCUGGUCUGACAGGUCGGACUACCAACUCUAGGGAAACCACCAUCCCGAACCCAGAUGAUCUAGAACAGCCACAACAGAACCCUUCGGUUCAGGAUAUAAACAACAGGAGGCCAGCAGUAUUCAAGAACUCGCUUCAUGAAACCGCUUGUGUUUUAAUUUUUACCCUAGCUGUGGGAUGCACUAGUAUCGCUGUCGGUAAUUUCCAAAUCACCUUGGACCACCUUGCCAAAGAUUUCGGGGUUUCUGGAGGUACGCUCGCUUGGAGUGUUAGUUCCAUCAACUUGGCAAACGCUAGUUUUCUUUUACUUGCUGGAAACAUUAGCGACAUCAUUGGACGUAAAAACUGUAUUGUUGGCGGGUUCAUAUGGUUCACCAUUGCUUCUCUAAUUUGUGGGUUUAUGCACAACUAUAUUGCCGUAGUGGUUCUAAGAGCUUUAAUGGGGAUUGCGGUUUCUUUUUCAGUACCCAGUAGUGGCGGACUUCUUAGUUCGUAUUAUCCGAUAUCUGUAAGAAAGAAUCGGGUCAUGGCAUGUUUUGCGGCUGGGGCUCCUGUUGGAUUCUGUGCCGGGGUUGUUAGCGGAGGAAUUUGUGCGGAAUAUUUGUCAUGGAGAGCUUCACAAUUCUUUUUGUCAAUUGUUUAUGGAUGUGUUUCAAUCAUCACGAUUCUUAUUGUGCCAACAGACUCAAAAGUAACAAAAGAGAACAAACACAUCUUACAUCGCUUGUCCAAGUUAGAUUAUGGCGGUGGGUUACUAAUCACUGCUGCAUUAACUUUGGUGGUGUUCGCCUUUAAUCAAUCCUCAGUGCCUGUUUCUGGUUGGGAUACGUCCUAUAUAAUCGCCACUUUGGUUGUUGGAUUAGUGAUGAUCAUUUGCUUUAUUUUUUACGAAUGCCAUAUUCCAAAACGUCCAGUAAUGCCUAUGUUUAUUUGGAAAUCCCGAGACUUUAGUCUUGCAAUGGUUACAGUGUUUUUCUCCUGGAUGUGCUUCAAUGGGGUUCUCACAUAUUUUUCUAUUCUUUAUUUCGAACAAAUCUUGAACUAUUCUCCUCUCCAUACCACUGCUUGUAUUUUGCCUAUGACAAUUUGUGGUAUAAUUGUGAAUAUUCUUGCUGCUCUUGUGUUACAUUUGGUUCCUGGAAAACUUCUCCUAAGUAUUGCCACAGCUUCGUUCGCUGCUUCUGCCAUCAUUUGGGCCACUAUGGACCAACAUACAAGUUACUGGAGAGGCCCUUUUGAAGCUUACUGUCUCGCGGUUAUUGGUGCCGAUUUGACUUUUAAUGUCGUAAAUAUGGUCACUGUGAAUUCCGUGAAUAACGAACUUCAAGGAGCAGCGCAGGGGAUUUUCCAAACAAUGAUACAGAUCUCCACUGCCCUUGGUCUUGCUUUGUCCAAUACCAUCGUUUCCCAAAAGUUCCCGCAGUUUGCUAAAGGAGUGGAUUUGAAAAAUCCGCAGGAGGUGAAAGAGUUGUUCCACAGCUUCAAAUAUGCAUAUUAUUUUGCAAUUGGAGCAGGUGGUAUGGGGAUUAUAGUAUCAUUGUUUGUUAAAGUUGGAAGAUCGGGAACCGAUGAAGCAAGAAGAAAAAAAGAAGAAUGGGAUUUAAAGAAUAAAGAAUAUUAUGAAGGGAAGACUGAAACUUCAAAUUAUAUUUAA